AUGUCCAACUCCAUGGUGACAGAGACAUACCAGUUUAUGGACUGGUCCAAGGUUCCUGCAACUCCGAUGGGCUCAAAUAUAACAGAGUGGGAGCGAGAUGGCCUGGUGGCAGUGGCAGAAGUGGUGGUGCUGGCAGUCAUUUUACUGUUGGCAUUAGUUGGCAAUGGGUUGGUGUUAGUGGUGUUGUUUAAGAGGAGCCUACACCACAGUCCACUGCACCAAUUUAUGCUCAACCUCUGUGUGGCUGAUCUGGUGGUGGCAUUGUUCCAGGUAUUACCACAGCUGGUGUGGGAUGCUAAGGGUCGCUUCCCUGGCCCGGACUUCUUGUGUCGCUUGGUGAAAUACCUGCAGGUUCUCGGGAUGUUUGCCUCUUCCUACAUGAUUGUUGCCAUGACAAUGGAUCGCCAUUAUGCUAUCUGCUGCCCCCUGAGGGCCCAUCGCAGCGGGGCCUCGAAGCGCUGGAAUACCUUCAUAGUGCAGGCGUGGGGUCUGUCCCUGCUGCUCAGUCUGCCACAGGUCUUCAUCUUCUCCCGCUCACAAGUGGCUCCGGGGGUGUACGAAUGUUGGGGAACCUUUGCAGAGUCCUGGGGUCUUAAAGCCUAUGUGACAUGGAUGACCCUGGCUGUCUUCAUCAUCCCUCUCCUCAUCAUUACUGUUUGUCAGGUACGCAUCUACAUGGAAAUUUAUCAUAAUCUGUACCAGAAAUCAGGGUGCCGCCUGUACAGACAAGACAACCAGAGCAGAAGAGGUGGAGGGGGGCCCUCUGUACCCGUUUAUGUUUGCCCCUUCACAAUCCACCACCCCGAGAGUCACAACAACUUGGAUACUGGAUCCACCGACCAGAACCUGCCAAUGAGUCCACUCAGGUCCAGUAGGAUCAGACCACAGUAUGAAACUGACACCUGCAGCACUGUCGAGCUGCAGUCUGACCCCACAGCAACCUCUGUCGUCUGUUCACCCCACCCACGUAAAGCCCCCCCAGCUGCCCAGGGUGGGGAAGAGACGGCAGCAAUGUCAAAGACCGUGAGGAUGACAUUGGUCAUCGUGCUGGUCUACUCCAUCUGCUGGGCCCCGUUCUUCAGCGUGCAGAUGUGGGCUGCCUGGGAUCCUGACCCACCCCAGAAAGGCGUAGCCUUCACCCUGCUGAUGUUACUGGCCAGUCUGAACUCGUGCACCAAUCCCUGGAUCUACGGCUUCUUUUCCAGCAGUGUGGCUGCAGAGCUGCGCCUGCUGCUGCUCUGUGGGGCUCACUCUCAGCGCCGGAGCUCCUUCCCCAACGACUCCACCACUUCACACACCUCCAACUUCUGA